AGGGAGCCAGAUGGAAGAGCCAGGGAGCCAGAUAGACUAGCGGGAAAGCCUGAUUGUCGCAGGAAGGGGGUCAGGAGGCUGGGGGUUCGACCUGACCCGGCAUGGAGAGGCGGGGAGGCGGGCGCGUGUCCCGGUUGCUUAGAUUUUGGGAUGCCUCUUACUCUGCCAAGCCGCUUAGCAGGAGGGAACGUGUUCAUGAUCAUCUUUACCCCGGGCUUCUGUCCGGGGCGUGUCAAUGUAGAAAUCCCCCAGCGAAUGUUGGAUGAAUGAAUGAAGUUGAAGAGAGGAUACGCGGGGAACGAGGGUGAGGGGGACGGCUGGAGAAGAGAGGAAAAGAUGCUAGGACCACAGGAGAAUGGUAUGAUUGACCUACCAGAUUAUGAGCAUGUAGAAGAUGAAACUUUUCCUCCUUUCCCACAUCCAGCCUCUCCAGAGAGACAAGAUGGUGAACAAACUGAGCCGGAUGAAGAGUCAGGAAAUGGAGCACCUGUUCCUGUACCUCCAAAGAGAACAGUUAAAAGAAAUAUACCCAAGCUGGAUGCUCAGAGAUUAAUUUCAGAGAGAGGACUUCCAGCCUUAAGGCAUGUAUUUGAUAAGGCAAAAUUCAAAGGUAAAGGUCAUGAGGCUGAAGACUUGAAGAUGCUAAUCAGACACAUGGAGCACUGGGCACAUAGGCUAUUCCCUAAACUGCAGUUUGAGGAUUUUAUUGACAGAGUUGAAUACCUGGGAAGUAAAAAGGAAGUUCAGACCUGUUUAAAACGAAUUCGACUUGAUCUCCCUAUUUUACAUGAAGAUUUUGUUAGCAAUAAUGAUGAAGUUGCGGAGAAUAAUGAACAUGAUGUCACUGCUACCGAAUUAGAUCCCUUCCUGACAAACUUAUCUGAAAGUGAGAUGUUUGCUUCUGAGUCAAGUAGAAGCCUAACAGAAGAGCAACAACAAAGAAUUGAGAGAAAUAAACAACUGGCCUUGGAAAGAAGGCAGGCAAAGCUGCUGAGUAAUAGUCAGUCCCUAGGAAAUGGUAUGUUAAUGAAUACACCCAGGGCACACACGGUUGAAGAGGUUAAUGCUGAUGAGGAUCAAAAGGAGGAAUCAAAUGGAUUAAACGAAGACAUUCUAGACAAUCCACGUAAUGAUGCUAUUGCCAAUACUUUAAAUGAAGAGGAAUUAAAAUUAGAGGAAACACUGCUGGACCAGUCUUUUAAAAAUGUGCAGCAGCAACUUGAUGCUACAUCCAGAAAUAUUACUGAAGCUAGAUAAGUUUCCAUUAAGAGAAAAUAUAUCUGUUAAGUCAUCAUCCUGCAAGCUUGGCGUUACUAUGUAUUUUUCUUCUUGGAGUGAAAAUCCUUAGGUAGUAAAACUUUUAUAGAUUAUUGUUUAAAAUCUGAUAAUCUGGUAUUUAUUUAUAAUUAUGCUUGUCACUUUAGUUAAAUCUAUUUGUUCUCUUUAGUGUUUGUUUUUAUAUAGGUAUUUCUUCAUAAAAUGAUUAGUGGGUAAUAAGCAGUCUCUGCUGCUGGUCUGUCAUUGAAUGCCUUGUUUUCACUAAGUUGGGAGGUUUUGUUUCUGUUUUUUACCGCUCCUUGUAAAGCAGGGCUAAUCCAUGGACAGUGUGCCCAGAGUAGUCUGGGUGAAGUUUUUGUUUUGUUUUGUUUUUUUGACACAGAGUCUCUGUUGGCCAGGCUGGAGUGCAGUGGCACAAUCUUGGCUCACUGCAACCUCUGCCUCCCGGGCUCAAGCAAUUCUCCUGCCUCAGCCUCCCCAGUAGCUGGGACUACACGCUCGGCUAAUUUUUGUAUUUUUAGUAGAGAUGAGGUUUCACCAUGUUGGCCAGGCUGGUCUCGAACUCCUAACCUCAGGUAAUCCGCCCCCCUCGGCCUCCCAAAGUGCUGGGAUUACAGGUGUGAGCCACCACGCCCAGCCUGGGUGAAGUUUUGAGAUGUACAUAUAUACUGAAUAUUAAUGUCAAUUUUUUAAAAGAAGUAAAAAUUAUCUUAAAAACUA